AUGGCCAACGCAGAUCUCCUCCAGCAGGCCCCGACCAAGGCCUGCCACAACUGCCGCCGCCGCCGCCUCCGCUGCGACCGCUCCUAUCCCAGCUGCCACAAGUGCACAACUGCCGGCCACGAGUGUCUGGGCUACGGCAAGCUCUACAAAUGGGCCGACGGCGUCGCCAGCCGAGGCAAGCUCGCCGGCAAGUCCUCGGCUGCCUGUCUCCUGUCGUCUUCGGUGGCGCCUCAUCGGGCCUCCUCAUCCGUCACGGCUCUUCCUUCGAACAGUAGCAGCUUACUCCGUCAUGCGAACAAGGGAGGUACAGCAGCCCGGAGUCACGCAGCCUCGGCCCCGUCUGCAUUCCAUGAGGACCCUGACCCUGGCCAUGUUGUCGACACGCAGCUGUGCCGCCGGUCGCCUCCCGCGACACCGGGCCAUGCGCACGGCGUGCCGUCGACGCCGUGGGUGCUCGUCGACCCCAUCUUCCAAGACAUUGAUCAGCCCUACCGCUACUACCUGUCCUACUUCACGACCCGGCUCGUCAAGGAUCUCGUCUCCCACGACCUGCCAGACCGCAAUCCCUUCCGCAGCCUCAUCCCCUUAACCCAAGGAAACCCUUUGCUCCAGCAUGUCAUCGUUGCCGCCUCUGCUGCUCAUCUCUCCAACCUCACCAAGCCCUCGAUGGCGGCGAUAGCCACCCACGAUGCCAGCGGCAUGGUCAUCCAUCGCAGCGAGGAAGCCUCCCGUCGCGCCCUCAUGGACUCGCUCGUCGCCAAGCAAAAAGCCCUGCGCCUCCUCAACGAAGCCCUCCAGAACAUGGACAACAUGGGCAGCGACGUCAUCCUCGCCGCUGUUCUGUUCUUCAUCAACGUCGAGCUCAUCGAGUCGGGCAAGCAUGGCUGGAAGGCCCAUCUCGAGGGUGCCGGCCGCAUCAUGGCCUUUCUGCCGCCCGCCGAGCCCUCCACCGAGUUCUUGAGAGACUACAUACUGUCUGAUUGCUUCAUCUACUACAUUCUCGCAUCAGCAUUCAUGCCCAACACCGCAGCCACCGCCGAUGCCUCCUAUUUCCAGUCCGUCGAGGCCAGAUCUAUUCUGCAGCGUGCCACCGCCAACAGCUAUCUCUGCUGUCCGCCCGAGAUUCUCGAGAUUCUCCUUGCCGCUGCACAACUGUCUAACGCCAACACGGACGACGAGGUGUCCGCCACCUUUGUCACCGAAACCGGCGUCCAGCUAUUGGCCCGCGCUCAGAGCUUCGACAUUCGUGCCUGGGCAAACGAUGUCCUGACUGUGACCUACCUUGCUCACAUUCCCAUCGAGAGCCGCAUCCAUGCCGGCUCGGCCCACGCCAUGGCGGCCUGCCUCUACCUCUUGCAGGCAAUCCCCGUCGUGAGACACCAUUUACCCGCCAACACGCAGGACCUCUUUGAGCGAGAGCUGAUGCAUCAUCUCUCGAGCAUCCCCGACGACGACCCCAAUUUCAAAGCCACCACGUUCCCAACCUUUAUUGCCGGCGCCGAGACGAGGGACCCCAUAAAGCAGGCCUGGGUCAUGGAUCGCUUGCAGCGUCUGCUGCGGAACACGCCCUGGGGUUUCAUCUACACAGCCAUGGAGGCGUUGCCGCAGAUUUGGAGCCUGGCCGACGACAACUCCCUGGGGUGGGUGCAGACCUUGAAGGACCCAAAGAUGAACUUUUUAAUCGUAUGA